AGCUACAUUUUUACAAGGCAUUGUACAUUAAGUUUGUUUAUCACAGUUUUGAUUCAGAAAAUGGUGGAUGCUUUUUGUGGCACGUGGAAGCUGGUCAGCAGUGACAACUUUGAUGAGUAUAUGAAAUCCCUAGGUAUUGGGUUUGCAACAAGACAAGUUGGAAAUGUGACCAAACCGACGCUCGUCAUCUCGAAGGAGGGAGAAAAGGUGGUCAUAAAAACACAGAGUACCUUCAAGAACACCGAGAUCUCAUUCACACUGGGUGAAGAGUUUGAGGAAACCACUGCUGAUGACCGACACUGCAAAUCCACUGUGCUGCUCAAAGGAAACCAGCUCGUCCAUGUGCAAAAGUGGGAUGGGAAAGAGACCACUUUUAUCCGAGAGAUCAAGGACGGGAAGAUGGUGAUGAAACUCACCUUUGGGGACGUGGAGGCUCUUCGCACCUAUGAAAAAGCAUAGGCUUUGGGAAUACUAUCAGGUGUCGCUGUUCUUCUUUCUGGCCAGAAACAGACAGUCAUGAUGUGCUCUGAAAGCAAAACCUUGAACUUUAUUCAUCCAACUCAUUGAAAGAAUGGACUUUAAAUAUUUUUGUUUUUUAAUUAUUAUUAUUUUUAUUUGUACAAUAGCUACAUAUAGUCUGCUAGUUUGUAUAAUAAAGAACC